AUGACUCGUUCCUCCGUUUUAGCAGACGCUUUAAAUUCCAUCAAUAACGCUGAAAAGACUGGUAAACGUCAAGUCAUGAUUAGACCUUCUUCUAAGGUCAUCAUCAAAUUUUUGCAAGUUAUGCAAAAACAUGGUUACAUUGGCGAAUUCGAAUACAUUGAUGACCACAGAUCAGGUAAAAUUGUCGUUCAAUUGAACGGUAGAUUGAACAAAUGUGGUGUCAUCUCUCCAAGAUUUAACGUUAAAAUUGGUGACAUUGAAAAAUGGACUGAAAACUUAUUACCUGCCAGACAAUUCGGUUUCAUUAUCUUAACCACUUCUGCAGGUAUCAUGGAUCAUGAAGAAGCAAGAAGAAAGCAUGUCUCUGGUAAGAUUCUAGGUUUUGUCUACUGA